CUGACUGACACAUACGACCAUACCCACUGGAAUACACGGGAUCCCGUCCGCUCUCCCCUAGUUAAACCAGUGAGGGCCGAACUAGUACUCAGGUGGGUGACCACUGGGGAAUCCUCGGUGUUGUAUGUAUUUUUGCGUUUUUGCUCAAUCUUAUCUCUGUACGUACUACACUGGAUUCAGGAAGCGCGUUUACUUUUUGGGCCCAAUCAACCGUCUUCCUGCAAGGGGGAUUUUAUGUGUCGAAGGAGAAACACAAGCGAUCAGACAUAA